AUGAAGCUGCUUCUGAGCAGUCUGCUGCUGGGCUCUCUCUGUGCCAUCUCAUCUCGCAGUGCUUCAUCUACAGACAAUGUGAGCCAGACCCUUGAUGUUUCUGUCACGGAGGGCGACGCACUAAACAUCACCUGCUGCUUCACCCUGAAGUCUGAAAGAAUGAGGUUCAACUGGCAGAAAAAUCAGACAGAUGUCUGGAAUCAGUCCAGCGUCGUGAAUAACCAGUCUUCCUGUUCAACUUUGACCUUUUCCAACAUCAAAAUAGAGGAUUCAGGGAAAUACAUCUGCAACGUGAAUGCGGAGAUACCGUUUCAUGUCGAGGAGGAAGGAAAUGGUACCGUCAUCACAGUUAAGCCCAGAGGAAGCGCAGAAAAUCCAGAUGUCCCUGCGGCUCAUUCUGCUGUAGUCCCCAUAAUACUUGUCUCGGCUCUUGUGGGUCUGUUGCUCCUCAUCGCGUUCGGCUGUUACUGCAUUCUGCGAAUCAGACAUGCACAUGCAGUCAGGGUGAUCUACGAGGUUCCCCACAUUGACUCCGAAGAGGCAGAUAUGGAUAAACACAGCACCAGCUCCUCCACAGGCUCUUCUCAGUGGGGGGCGGAGAGCCAAGAACGGGUCGAUAAGAUGAUGAAGGAUCUGGAUCAGAAUGGAGACCAGGAGAUCGACGUCAUGGAAUAUAUGUCCCUUGGUCAGGCCAUCGCUCCAUCAGCCCACCAGGAAGCACUGGCCAAGAAACCCACUGUAUCGCUCGUCCAAGCAGUUGCAGUAGUUCACAAGACCUAUGCUGCACCCUAUUGGCAGUUGGCCACCAUCCUCCUGAUGGAAACCUUUAAAAGAUAUGCAGGAGUUGAGGGGAAAAAAGACACCUUAACCAAAAAGGAGUUCAAGACUUUGCUGUAUGCGGAGAUGCCUAUCUUUGACAAGGGGGCGGAGAGCCAAGAACGGUUCAGUAAGAUGAUGAAGGAUCUGGAUCAGAAUGGAGACCAGGAGAUCGACUUCAUGGAAUAUAUGUCCCUUGUAGCUUCUAUCACCGAGUGCUUAAACGAGGUGUACAAAGAAUGA